AUGAUUAGCAUUCUCACACAGGAACGGUUUCUGGGAGCUUCACUGGGAGUCGUAUUGAUGGGGGUGGUUGUGUUUGAGCAACGCAGAUACAUAUAUUCUUCUAUCUCCAACAACCAAUCUAUGGUCAGACAACCUAUAUUUGGAAAAAAAUCACGUUCUGAAUUUGCUCAUACAUGGAACAAAACUGUGGAUCAGACAUUUGGGCCUUUGAUAAAGUCUCUCAGCUCACGCGGAUGGUAG